AAUAGGAAGUGAGCAAGAAACUUGAAGGAGAUUCAAGUAGGUUUGCGGCAUUGACUUCCGAGCUUGGAUUCAAGUGUCUGAAGGGCGCCAGACACCUGUGAUCACCCAGGAGAGGAGAGGAGACAGUACCAUGUGGCUGUCCCAGGCUCUGCUGCUUCUCAUCCUCGCAGGCUACUCCAUUGCCACUGAAAUCACUGGUCCAACAACAGUGAAUGGCUUGGAGUGGGGCUCGUUGACUGUGCAGUGUGCUUACGGCUCAGGCUGGGAAACUUACUUGAAGUGGUGGUGUCGAGGAGCUGAUUGGAAUGGCUGUAACAUCCUUGUUAGAACAAAUGGAUCAGAGCAGGAGGUGAAGAAGAAUCGGGUGUCCAUCAGGGACAAUCAGAAAAACCGCAUAUUCACCGUGACCAUGGAGAAUCUUAAAAGAGAUGAUGCUGACAGUUAUUGGUGUGGGAUUGAGAAAACUGGAAUUGAUCUUGGGGUCAACGUUCAAGUGACCAUUAAGCCAGACACACAAACUCCAGUCCUGGAAUGGACAACUGCAACAGCAAGCCUGGCUUUCACACCUGCAGCCACCCAGAAGACCAGCAGCCCCCUCACCAGGUCCCUGCUCAGCAGCACCCACUUCCUGUUCCUGUUACUCCUGGAGCUGCCUCUGCUCCUGGGCAUGCUGGGAGCCGUUCUCUGGGUGAACAGGCCACAAAGAAGGUCUUGAGGGAGGAAGAAUCAGCCCGAUGAUGAGAGUCCCAAUGCCCACUGACAUCCUGUCCAGGGAGAAGGGCCCUCCCACAGAAGAAAGAACCCUUUCUUUCCUUUUCUUUUCUUUUCUCUCUUCUCUUCUCUUCUUUUCUUUUCUUUCUU